CUCGUUUCUCCAUGAAAUGGUGUCUUCAUCGGGAUUUAAGACGAGGCACGAUUAAUCAUUUCACAAAAAUGACUCACAACACAAUUGGCAACUAAGUUACUCUUGUACUGUCAAACGAAUGGACGCUGUUAUGGUCGUGAGAAGAGCGACAGGAGUGAUGACCUACGUGUCUCCUUCCUCUCAGCUUGUGGUUGGCUGUAAUCUUUCAAAAGGCACGGUUGCGCCGUGCGAGACUGCUAUGCGGAUGUGUGGGGGUGUGCGGUGUUGUGGGUACGGGAUAGAGUGCGUCAGUAUACAGCGAUGUGAACAGGCAUCUCUACCUCAGUUUCAGAGAAUGGGCACGGAUUGUGCUCAUACUGUACUCUGCUGGGAGAUUAUUCAAUUAGUUGCUUCUUACGUUCAUGGUGUAUUGUCAUUCCCAUUCCCAGUAUAAUAAGUAUUAAACAUUUCGCGGAUAGCGUGGUGAGCGUCGAAGUCUCGAGCGUGGAAAUCUCAAGUAUAAAGCUGCAGAUCAAAGACGCGUUGAAUGUAAUUGUUCAACUCUGUGAGGAUUGCGUUAAAUGACCAUCCGGCGAAGAGUAAAGUUUAUGAAUGACUAAUAAAAUAAACGCUCCUGGACACACGUUUUAAAACAGCGAAUGUUUGAUAAUUAUAUCAGAUGUUUGUAUAGUCGAGAGAAGUGCUGAAGUAACGUUCUCAGAAUUAAGAAAAUACCAACUUGUAGCAUUAAAUGUAAAUUUCAAAAAAAUGGAUCAAACACGUCAAGUAACAGCACGCUCUAAGGACUGCUUGGAAUGUCGGCUUGUAGGUGGCAUUGGUAUGAUGGGUAUUGGACUCUACGUUGGUUAUAAUGGGUAUUUGAAGACUGGUUUUUCACGGUCUGGUAUGAUCUGCAUUGCUUGUGGAGCUAUUGGAUUGGGAAUGGCAAGAAUUUUAGAUUUCCCAGAAGUUGAAAAAAUCAAUGACACAGUGAAGAAGUCAUAAAUGGCUAGAUUGGCAUAUUUUAAAUAAACAAUCAUAACAUAUAAAGU